AUGUCUAGGUUGCCCACCUUAUCUCUGUUAUUGCUCCUUCUCCAAUGUCCUCUCUCAUCCCUCUCAAACUCUCAAGGAGACGCUCUUUAUGCUUUCAGCAGAAGGCUUUCUGACCCCAACAACGUUCUGGAGGGCUGGGACCCAACUCUCGUUGAUCCUUGUACUUGGUUUCAUGUCACCUGUGACUCCAACCAUAACGUCUUUCGCCUUGACUUGGGCAAUCAUAAUUUCACUGGAACUUUGGGCCCAGAACUUGGCCAACUGCCCUACCUUCAGUAUCUGGAGCUCUACGGCAAUAAGUUUAGUGGGAAGAUUCCUCAGGAACUUGGUAACUUGAUAAACCUCAUUGGCAUGGACUUGUCAAAUAACCAAUUGGAAGGAAGCAUCCCAAACUCAUUUGGCAAGUUGAAGUCUCUUAAAUUCUUAUGGCUAAACAACAACGAGUUGACAGGAUCAAUCCCAAGAGAGAUCACUCUUCUUAAAAAUCUCGUAGUCUUUUUUGAGAAUAACAAAUUCAGCGGCCCAGAGGGGAAAGGACUGGUUCCUUAG